AUGAACUUCAGCUCCAAUCCGAAUCCCAGUCCCAGCUUGAGUUCCGAAUCCGGGCAAUCGAUCUACAGCACCUACCUGGAGCACUCAAGGAUCGACUUGCAGGGGGAGGACGCCAAUGCCCAUGUGGCCAGGGCACUCCGCCUGGUCAUCCAGAAUGUGCUGGCCCAGCUGAGCACCACCCUGGUGGUGACCAUCUCAGCCCGUCACCUGGGCACCUCCUACUGGUUCGAGUACAUGAUGCACAACCUGAUGGACUCGUGGCGAAUGGUGGCUGUCCAGCUGCUUCGCUUCCGUCCGGAUUUGGUGGACAAUCCGGUGCCCGGUAGAAAAAGGGUAAACCUGGUGAUGGUGGACUCCUAUGCCGGAUUAAUGGACACCAACAUCGCGGAAAGCAAUGCGGACUUCGAUGACCCGGACUACUACUUCAUCUUCCUGCAGACGCGGGAUAGCCAUAUUCCCCGGGAGCUUCAGCUGAUCCUCGACCAUUGCUUGGCCCACUUUUGGCUGCACUGCAACGUGAUGAUCCAGACCGCCCAGGUGGAGGUGCUGGUCUACACCUACUAUCCUUAUACGGCGAACAGCUGCCAGCAGGCUCAUCCCGUGGUGGUGAAUGCCUUUGAUGGCCAGCGUUGGAUGCAGAAUUCCAAGAUGUUCCCGGAUAAACUCAACCAGAUGCACGGUUGUCCACUCACAGUGCUCACCUGGCAUCAGCCGCCUUUCGUGGAGAUCGUUGAGAGUCCAUCAGGACAUGGCCGUCGGGCACGUGGCUUCGAGUUUCAGCUGGUGGAGCACUUGGCCCGCCAGAUGAACUUCACCCUGCAGCUGGUCGAUAUUCCGCUGUUGCGACCGAAUGCCUAUCGACUGGCGGAGGGGGCCAAGGAAGGACCCGUAGAUACGCUCCUACAGCGCAGAGCCAACCUGAGCAUGGGCUAUUUCCGAAGGACGGCUCGCCGGAAUCAACUGCUGACCUCACCCAUGUCGUACUACUCCGCCAACCUGGUGGCCGUCCUCCAGUUGGAUCGCUAUCGCCUCAGCUCCCUCGCCCUCUUGGCAUUUCCCUUCCAGCUGUCCGUCUGGUUGCUCCUGCUCUUGGCUCUGCUCAUCCACCUGGGUCUCCAUCUGCCGGGGAGGAGAUCAAAUCACGAUGGUGGCGGGGGACUGCAGGUGGUGGGCCUGCUUUUGGGGGCCGCUUUGGCCCGCCUGCCACGCCCCUGGAGGCAUCGCUUCAUCGCCGCCCACUGGCUGUGGGCCAGCAUACCCCUGAGGAUAUGCUACCAAUCCCUGCUCUUUCACCUGAUCCGCAUGCAGUUGUAUAACACACCAUUCUUUUCCCUGGAGCAACUGCUGGCGGAGGGUUUCGAGGGUAUUUGCACGGCCAAUACCGAGCGAGUGCUCCUCGAAAUGCCACUGCUGUCCCGGAAUCCGAAUAGCUUUCAUUCCGUGGACACCUUCUCCGAUUGGGAGGUCUUGAAUGCCCUCCAGAGGGAUAGAAAUGGGAAAAUGUUCGCCGUGACCAAUCAGGAUGUUACCCAAGCUUUUCUGCACUCCUUUAGUCAAACCGAUGCAUAUCACGUGCUCAAACAGCACGUGAAUGUGGAGUAUGUCGGAAUAUAUAUGCCCAAGCACUCGUAUCUCUACGAGAAGGUGGACGACUGCAUCCGGCGGCUGGACACCAGUGGAUUCAUCCACGCCUGGCGACGGGCAGCCUUUGUCGACGACCAUUGGAAGGAACAGGUGCCGCUGGCCAGCCGGAGGUACAUCAACCACUCCAAGCUCUGUGGGAUUUACGUCGUCAUGGGAGUAAUGUACCUCAUUGCCGGUCUCGUGUUCGCCGGGGAACUCAUCCUCCGGCGGAGGAGCUGGAGAGCUUUUAAAUUCUAA